CAUGCACCGACAGCAACACGGAAAGGAUUGGAAAGGAUUAAUCGUUUAUAAGGAUUGAAAUUAUGUGCUCAGUUCCCUCUCAAGAAUGAUUAGUGUACACCUUUAUAAGGACUGAUCCACAGAAGCCAAGGGAUGGCAAAAAGUGUAAUGGUGACCUACGUCUUAUGGGCAGUAGGUGGACCUUUGGGCCUUCAUCAUUUAUAUUUAGGAAGAGAUAGCCAUGCUCUGCUGUGGAUGCUAACUCUCGGGGGAUUUGGAUUUGGCUGGUUCAGAGAGUUCAUACGCAUUCCCACGUAUGUUGGAGAGGCCAACCAGAAUGGAGAAAAAGAGAGAAGGAGACCACCAUCUUUAGGCCCUGUCAGGUUUGCUGGACAGUUGUGUGUCGGGAUCUACUUUGGCACUGUGGCUCUGAUAGGGCUGAACUCUCUCAGGUUCUUCUACUUGAUCGUUCUUCCUCUAUGUAUAGGUGCAGGGGUGCAUCUGGUGUCUAGUGUUGGGCAGCAGACCUCUGAUCUUCAAAAAACAUUGACUACUUGUCUCUUGACCUCCCCAAUAUUCUAUGGCAGCACCUUUGCACCUCUCCCUAUAAGCCUGGCUGCGAGUGUGACUGCUGCUCAGCAUCGCAGGUUCAAACCUCCACAUGCACUUGAGACAGCACAGGAACUAGGUCCAAGGCUUUACAAACUUGGGCUGGCCUGGCUGGCUUUCUCUGCUCCUCUGGGUUACUGCAUUUUCCAUAACACCACAGCCACUCUGUACUACCUGUCUGACUGUGUAGCUGCACUGCUGGAUUUCUUCUGGUUUCUGCCUUGGCUCAGAAGUGUAUUAGAGUACAUACUUUUGAUGCCAUAUCGGAUAUUGUGCAUUUUCACCGGAGGGGGCUACUAUGAAGAGGCCUGGAAGAAGGUGCUGGAAAUACUGCUGAAAGAAUACACUGAGAGGGAAAGAGAUGCACUGCAGGUGUUGUCACUGGAAGGGGAGGCCUCUGUGGAUGAGAUAAGCCGCAGCUACAGGGAGUUGGCAAAGAAAUGGCAUCCAGACCACAACCCUAGCAAGGAUGCUGAGGCAAUGUUUGUGAGGAUCCAAGAGGCUUAUGAGGUCCUUCUUCGACACCACAAGCCUCAUCGAUUCAAAUAGUUACCCUUCAUUCUUCACUGUCAUAUGUAGUA